UUUCGUCUUUGAUUUUUUUUUUACCUACUGAGUUGCAUAAGCAAGUUCAAAAAUGUAUUAAAAAUUCAAAGGAUUUGUAAAAAAAAAGUUGUAACCCAGUUUUAGAACGUAUCCGAUGCCACGCGUGUUGGUAUUACUGCGGAUGUUCGGGGAAUUCCCGCUGUAAAUUUCGGUCAACAGCGCUUUGAGUAUACUUACCUACGCGUCCCGACAAUUUGACGCUCUCGGGGAAUCCCCGAUUCAAGUUUGUAUAUAAGAAAGAGUCCACUAUUCUAUUAUUACGCAAGCUCUCAAGCAGUUAGCUGUUUAUUAUUGUAAGAAUUGGGUGUUUGUUGCAAGUGAGAAUAUAUUUAAUAAGUCAAUUGGGAAAAUAGGUUGACUAUGUCUACGCGAAAGUAUCAGAGUGGAAGCGAAAAACGAAAGCGAAAGAAGGAGUCUGAAGAACAAAACAAAAAGUUACCUAAAAUAAGUCAGUACUUUAAGAAUGAAGAUAGUAUAGAAGAACAAUCAAAUGAACAGUGCGUCAGAAGGGCAGAAAAUGAUGUCGUCAUAAGUGGUAAUAUCGCAGAGCCCGAUAACAGUGAAUAUUUAGAUUCAGAGCAACCACAACCCGGUACGAGCAAAUCUUCAAACGAAUCAUUUUUAAAUAUAGAAAAAUUAAAAUCUUUACCGUACGUUACUGAUAAAGGUAACUUCAAAGAACUCAAUGAUCAAGUAAAACGGUUUGUGAUCGAAAACGGACCCUGUAAACCAAAAGGCUCCUUUUUAAGGGAUAGUAACAAAAGAUCUUUCUUGGAUAGAUAUUAUUACAGUAUUUCUAAAUCUGGCGUAAAGUUAGAACGUACGUGGCUGUGCUAUUCCCUAUUGCUGCAAAAAGCAUAUUGUGAACCAUGUUGGUUAUUCACAAGUAGGGCAUCUAAAAAUAUACAAAAUAUUUGGAUGGAAGGCUAUGAUGAUUGGAAACAUAUUGUGGAAGCCAUAGAAAGACAUGAGACAUCGAAAGAACAUUUGCAUUCAUGCUUUGUACAUCGACAGUGGCAAUUACAUGGAACACUAAAUGAAGAGCAAGAGUCCAUUAUCAAGAGAGAAAAAAAUUUUUUGGCGCCAGGUACUCACUAGACUCCUUGAUGUUACUCUAACACUUUCAACUUGUAAUUUAGCUUUUCGUGGCCAUAGAGAACUGGUAUAUGCCCACGAUUCAGGUCCAAAAGGAAUUUUUUUGAGUAUUGUUGAGUUAUUAGCCAAAUACGAUCCUAUUUUACAAGAGUUGCUAAGCAAACCUAAGGGCCAGAUUAAAUACUUAAGUCCAAAAAUACAAAAUGAGCUCAUUGCUGUUCUGGUUCAAAAAGUGGAAAAUGCUCUGGUAAAUGAAAUAGUAACCGCACCAUUUUAUUCCAUUUUAUUUGAUACUACUCAAGAUAUUUCCAAAACAGAUCAAUUGUGUGAACUUUACCGUUACUGUAUAAUCGAGAAAGAUGAAAAUGGAACUCCAAAGACUCUUGUAAUUAAAGAGUAAUUUUUAGGAUUUCAUGAGGUUAAGGAUCAAACUGCCUUAGCAAUGUCCAAGCAGAUAAUAAAAUCCAUAAAUGACAAAAGUAUUUCUCUCAAUAAGUGCCGUGGACAAGGGUACGACGGAGCUAAUACCAUGAAAGGCACUUAUGGCGGAGUUCAAAAACUCAUAAGAGAUGUAGAGCCAAAUGCAGUUUAUGUCCAUUGUGCUGCUCAUAAUUUAAAUUUGGUGGUAAAUGAUGCAGUAAAAGAGGUCAUAGAAAUACAAACAUUAUUCGAAACUGUGCAACAAAUUUAUAUUUUUUUUGGCCAUAGUAUUAAACGAUGGAAUAUAUUAUCUAGUUUUAUAUCUGACAAUAAAGGAGAGACCCGGGUAUCAUCAAAUUCAGUAACAUUAAAAACAAUGAAUCCAACUAGAUGGGCAGGACGCUUCGAUGCCAUGUUUGCUUUAAAAGUUCGGUUUGUUGAUGUUCAAAAAGCGCUUACAAAAACUAUUUUAUUAAAUUCCAAAACAGAUGAGAGAAAUGAAGCUAUCUUGCUGAAGAAGAAGAUAGAAAACUACAAUUUUAUUAUGUUGUUAGUUUUCCAUUGCAAAGUCUUGCAAACUAUAGACGCGGCUUCUAAAGCACUUCAGUCUAAAGCCAUCGAUCUUUCAAAUGCUUCAAAGCGUUUACAAGUAUGUCUAGAACAACUUGAAAAGUAUCGAAAUGAAUUUGAAGAUUUAAAAAUGGAGGCAAAUAGUAUUGCAACGAAAUGGUCUAUAAACCCUGAAUUUCCUAAAACUCGUCAGAGAAAAGUGAAACGUCAUUUUGAUGAAAUUUGUGAGGAUGAACGUCUCCAAGAUCCUGAAAGCUUGUUUAAAGUGAACGUAUUCUAUCGUGUAUUAGACAUAAUCAUUAAUCAACUGAGAUCGCGUUUCCUUGGAAUGAAUGAAAUUGUUUCCAAUUUCAGUGUCUUGCAACCUGCCACUUUACAAAAUUUGAACGAUACUGAUUUGUUGGAGAAGGCUUUAGCGUUUGUCCAUCUAUAUAAAGAAGAUAUAUCCAUCUCGUUUUGCAAGGAAAUUCUCAGUUUUCGAUCCUCUUUUAGACACGAAAUAGAAACAUCAUCUUCUAUAAGAGAACUUGCUGACUUAUUAAUAAUAAAAAAAUCAUUUUAUAUCUUCAAGCGUUCCUGAAGUGUGCACUGCAUUUCUAUUAUUUCUCACCAUUCCUGUGACUACGGCUAGUGCCGAGCGAUCGUUUUCAAAACUGAAAUUGAUAAAAACUUAUUUAAGAAAUUCUAUGGGACAAGACAGGUUAAGCAACUUAGCUAUUCUAUCCAUCGAAAAUUCUAUGGCCCGAAAUUUGAACUUUGAUGAUAUCAUUACCACUUUUGCUGAACAGAAAGUCCGAAGGAAGGAAUUUUAAUAAUUAACAUUUUAUAUUUUGAACAACUUGUGUGCUUUUAACAAUAUGAUUAUUCGGACUGCGUAUAUCAAAUUGCUUUUUUUGUUGUUCAAAUCAUUUUGACUACUCUAUGUGCCCAUAUCAAUAAGAUGCUGACUGUACUUUUUUUUUUUUAUUUGAAAUGGGCUUGCUCUUGACCACAAUCAUGUCUAAGCUAUGAUGUGGUCUACGAUGGAGCGAGCUUACCCAGAAGAUGCCUAUUCACGUUACUUUUGAAACACCCAGGGUUAUAAUUAGGUAUUUUUAUUUUAAAGUGAAUUAUUAGAAAAUCAAGUACCUAAGUAUAAUUAUAAAGUUUGUAUGUACCUACUUAACGUAGUGAUUUAUUAUUGUACUCUUACAAGUAAAAGUGUAUAAAUAAGUAUUAUAAAAUAAAAAAAUAUUAUUAUUGUUGGUUCAUUUUUUUUAAAUUGGGGGGAGGGGCCCAUCCGAUGAAUUUGCCACGGGCCUCGAACGGUAUAG